CUAAUAUACAUAUUUGAUUCAAUUAUCGCUUUGAAGAAAACUUCGAAAUUUUUUAUAGAGCAAAAAGUUUUUACGAUGGCUCAUGGAUCCGAUUUGGAUUUUACUGAAAUUAUUAAUGAUGGAAACAAUCAUUUACAACAACCAACAAAUGUGAUCCAAAUGGAGCAUACUCGAAUGGAACUUAACCAAAUGGAACAUAAUCAAAUGGAAUAUAUCCCAAAUGUUCCACAUAAUAAUAACUUUAAUAUUUCUCGCGACCCUUCAGUUACGACAACUUACACAACUGGCAAUUACGAAGAGUCCUCUCUUAUGGAUAAUCAACUUGGUACUUCAACUCAAUACCAUUAUCCUACGUUUACUACAUCGUAUCACGCGCCGCAGUAUAACUCCCCUCUUGAAGAUAUUCAAUUCCAAAAUAACUCCUAUACUCUUCAGACGGAUAAUUCUGAGAUCUUUAGACUUAAUAUUCCCGGGUUUAAAAUCAUCGUUAUACCUAAUUUUGUAAAUUUAGCUAAUUUGGAUUUACAAAAUUUGUUUCCACAAGACUCAAACCCAAAUAUCGUUACUGGAAACUCGCAAACUUACUCUCAAAAUACUAUUGAUUUAAAUGAUUCAUUUAAUUUUAAUAACUUUUAGUAACUAAACAAUAUUCUUUUCUUUUUCUCUAAUUUGAUAUUUAAAUAUUUUUAUUAUGUAAUCAUUUUCAUUAUAUUGUUUAAUAAAG